UUGCCGCGCGCUCCUCCAGGACACUGAAAGAAGGACCGCGCGGGUAAUUUCGAGCCCGGCGGGGCGGGAGAAAUAAAAGUUUGGGUAGUUGUAGCUGAAGGUGAUGUCUUUCCCGGCGACUGAAUUGCGGUGGCCCGAGCACCUUGUCCCGCUGGAAGAAGUUGAUAACUUGUUGCGUUGUGGGAUAUGCUUUGAUUACUUCAACACUGCAAUGAUAAUUCCACAGUGUUCACAUAAUUAUUGUUCUCUAUGUAUUCGAAAGUCGCUGUCCUAUAAACCUCAGUGCCCUAUAUGCUGUAUGGUAGCCUCAGGACCUGACUUGAAAAAUAACCGGAUAUUAGAUGAGCUGGUUCAGAACUUUAUUUCUGCAAGACAGCGGCUGUUCCAGGCAGUUUUGGAUUCUCCAUCAAUUUCUUCUCCAACUCUGUUACCUAAGAAAGCUCCUCUCCAAGGUCACAUUUUGAACUCUCCAGAUGGAUUGUUUUUCAAACAGAAAAAGCAACGUGCAGAUACCUUUCCAGUCAACGAAAAUAGACAUUUAAUAUCAGCUGACAAAGGCAAAAAUAUUAAAAUAAAGCAAGAGGAGAACCUCUGUAGCUCAGAAGAAAGUUAUGAGGCGGGUGGUAAAGAAGUAGCAAAUACAGCUCCCACUGGAAGCAUCAGAAACUCUGAAAUGCCUUCCACAUCUGCAACAAAAUUUGUCACAAAAGUGGAGUGUCCUGUCUGUGGGGUUCCUGUUCAAGAACUACAUAUAAAUAACCACCUUGAUAGUUGCCUGACAAGAGAUGAGAAGAAAGACAGUCUCCGAAGUUCUGGACAAAAAAGAAAGUUACUACCGAAACUGGUUUACAGUUUACUUUCUGACCGUGAUCUGAGGAAAAGACUGAAAGAACAUGGAUUGUCCACCCAGGGAACAAAACAACAGCUUAUUAAACGACACCAGGAAUUUGUGCAUAUGUAUAAUUCAGAGUGUGAUUCUCUAAAUCCUAAAUCAGGUAGGAAAAUGAAAAUGUAG